AUGUCAUUACCCUUAAAAAAUUUGGAACCAUUUACUGCUAUUUGGCUUGAUCCUGAAAUAAGAUUACCCUCAACAUCGUCAAGUUUUACAAAUGCACGAAAGAAAUUACGUGAAACAAUUAAUUUUUUAAUAGAUUUUUCUAACGCUGAUAAAUGUAUUGAUUAUAUUAAAGAUGAAGAUGCCAAAAAUAUUAUACUUAUAAUAGCAGGUCGUUUAGCUAGACGUAUUAUACCUUCAAUACACAAUUUUCAACAACUAAUCGCUAUUUACAUUACAUGUAGACCAGACAAUGUAAUGAGAAAUCAAGAAGUCACCAAACAAUAUCAUAAAGUUAAAUCUGUCAGUAGUUCUAUUGACCAAUUAAUUGAAGUAAUCGUCAGAGAUCAAAUCGAUCGAGAAAAAAAUGAAAAUGGUUUAUUACUAUCUCUAUUUAAUUCAGAAGAACUACUCUACGGGAUGUCAUGCAAAUGCCUUGAAUAUGAAAGUGAAUUGAUUAUUUGGACACAAACAUUUCUGCAAUUUAUAAUUGGAACUGAGAGACAAGCAGGUGAAACCGACAUUACAGAACUUAUCAAAUUACUUAAAGAACGUCAAAAUCGUGAGAAAAGUAUUUCAUUAGCGAACUCAAAUGAUUCACAAAUACAAUCAGUUCUGUUUGAAAUUGAAAUAUCAAAACGUACUACAGUUUCAAAAGCAUUCGUCACUUUUACUAAUUUAGAUAAUUUACAAGAAAAUACGGAAACUUUAUUUAUGUUUGGUACUAUAUUUUAUUUGUCAAGUGUUUCAUACGUUGAGGAAGAUAAAUUGUGGAUGAUCAAAUUAAUAUUGUGCGAUGAUCGAAAUGAUGAUAUUAAAGCAGUAUUGAAAGAAGUAGCAGGCCAUUUACAAGAGAAUAUUGAACGUCUUGGUUUCAACGGUGGUCGAUAUAAUGAAACCUCUUAUAAUAACGUACAUCAAGCAAAUCAAUCGUUGACAAAUGUAACUGAUGUUGAUCUACCAGAAAUUCCACUUCCAUCUUUGUACUCAUCAAAGCGUCAAGGACCUAUUACAAUAUUAGAAAGUUUUCCAUUAACGACAAAGGAUGAAAACGUGUUACACAUAACCCCUUCCAUCGACACUAUUGCAUCGAUGGAUGCUGCAUUCGAACUUUCCUUGGACACACCCCAAAAUCGUGUACGAUGGAGAAUUUAUAUUCUCUGGUGUCAAACUGAUAUACAUAAUAAUGCUCGAAAAUUUACAGUAGACAAGGACACAUCAAACUUAGUAGCAAAUUAUGAAAAAAUUCGAAUAAUAACUGACAAUCAACAAACAAUAUAUAAUCAAAUUGCUUCUGACUUGAACAAUACCGUUGAAAGUCCUCUGCAGCAUUCUAACGAAAUCGAUGAUGACAGUAGUUUUAAUCAAAUCAUUUUCAAUGUUGAUGAAGAUUUUACACCAAUAGCAAUUAUUGACAGUGACUAUCGACCAGGAAAUUUAUUUCGUGAUGUAUCUCAUGAUGAAUCUGUUUUUAUGGGGUUUCAAUUACUUAUCAAGAUAAUCUAUUGUUUAGAGUUGACAGAUGAAGAUAAACAUGAUAUGAUUGAGUACUGUCGUAGUAAAUGUGAUAACAACAAAAGUGAGUGA